UUCGGUGUCCCCCAUCCUCCCCCGCCCACCUACCUGAGCUCUUAUCCAGCUGUCUGCCGCCUGCUACCGCGUCAUGAGGAUUUCUGUCAGAUUGAUACCUCGCAUCUUGAUCCUCUGCGCCUGCGCUGCCGAUGUGUCGUUCGUGAACGAAUCUGAUAAAAGACUCGACUCUUUUUAGUAAAUGGGGCCAACCAGUUUCCAUAUUUUCUUCUUCUUCUCUCUUUUUAAUCUCUGAACACUAAUGCCUAUCUCACAACCAAAUAAACUACAAUCCCUUUUAAUGAACUUGUUCUUAAGAUAAGCAGAGGAAACUAGGCUAUUACAUCUGACUUUUAACCUUUUAAUGCCUGUUGUAUCAUAUUUGUAUACUUCUAUCAAAUCAAUAUGAUCAACAAAUUACUCAAAAAACACCUGUAUACAGUCAGACAAUGUAUCAAACGAGAUAAACAAAUAUAUUUGUUAAAUUUUAAUGACUUUUUUUCAGUAGUAAGUAAAAUAAACAUUUCAGCUCCAAAUAUUUUCAAAUUUUCUGGCCAUAAUUUGUGGUGUCAGGCGUUAAAAGGCUACAAAGUUCUUAGCGCAGUAUGUUAACUGAUGCGAGGCAUUAUAAAAGGGUGAUAUAAUUUAAAUGUUGUUAUUGACCUUUAUUCAGAUCAAUAUCAUUUUGCUAACAUUAAUAGAAGUCUGAAGUUAGAGAUUUACAUGAUGGCAGAGAGAAAUCAUGAUUAAAUUUUGAGCAGAGUGGACAAUUUUCUUUGUUUCUAUAUUACACCAUUCAAGUUAAAUUGAAUUAAUGUCUUAAUUAAUGUCUCUAAAUAGUGUUGUGAACACUUAUUACAUAAAUUACAAUUGUUUUAGUCAAUGGUCCAUUUAUAAUGAUUAAAAUAAUAACUGGGGCUUUAAAUUUUACCAGGUGUUAUAAAAUUUCAUAAUGCUUAUCAUUUCAGCCAAAUGUUUGAUAUCUUCAUUUUUAAUCCCACAUAUAAAGUAAAUCUAUGUGAAAAUCAUUAGAGUUAAAAAUCUUGCUUAUACUCCAUCUUUAGGUGUUUGUGUACUUUUUUAAUGAUGUAAUGUCAGUAAACAAUGUUUUUAUGUCGAGCAGUGCUACAUUCUGCAACAUGGAUGCAAUUGAGGUGACUUUUGUGUCAUUAAUAAUGCAUUAUCAACUCAGUAUUAAUGUAAUACAAUGAUUUCAUGGACAGUAUUUAUGUUCACACAAACUAAACAUAGGUUUUAAAAGGUUUAAGUUCACAGAAUAUUUGAAAUGAGGAGUCGUUUGAAAGAUGAGCCGGAUUUCAUUGCAUGAUUCAGCCAAAAGAUCCGACUCAUUUAACAGAGUCGGAAUUCCCAUCACUGGCCUCUGGGUUAACGGCGGAAAUAAGGAGGAGAAACGUUUUCUACAUGUGAGAGAGGAGAGGGAGCCUUCAUCUGAGGUUAUUUCUGCUGCUGCUUGGACUGAGCUACAGUAAGAGCAGAAGAGAGUGUUUUCAGCUCGGAUUGAAACGCAUGAAAACUGCUGGCAUGUGUGCUCUAAGGGCUGUAAUCUGCCGAACUGUGUGCAGGUAUGCUUUGUUUUGACUGUGCUUGGUAGCUGCCAUGUUUAACUCUGUUUUUCUAACACUUGUGACACAUUAACCACUACUGUACGUUUUAAUUUGUAGGGUUAAUUGCUCUAUAUUUUCUUCCCACAUUCAGCUGUUAAACAUUAAAAUGCGUGUAAUUGGUAGCUGUUGUUUCAGAGCUGUUUAGUGUUGGUCCUGGUUUAUCAACUUGAUAUCAAUUAUCCCACACUUUUACUGUAUGCACUUAUUUUGAAAAGCUUCCGCUCCAUACCCAGCUUUGAAACUGGACUCUGAGUGGACGUGGAAAAGGUCGCAGCCGAGCACGGAAAGUAUGCGAAGCACGUCUCAAAUGCUGCUUAUGAGAAUUUAUCGCUUGUAUUAGAGCCACCUGUUACUAGUCCCUGUCCUGUGGUUUUAAUGUGAAAUGCAGUUAGUCUACUGUCAUGUGGAAGCAGUGCCCAUGAGUCAGGUUCGAAAAAAUGGUGAAUUUUUAUUUUAGUUUUUUCAGAAAUGUUAAAGAUUAUACAAAUUAAAGUGAGACUAGUUUGCUGGUUGAAAAUCUGAACAUCACUAACCUGAUGCAAAAUUAUCCUUUUCUACUAUUUGAAGCAGCAUUUAAAAAAAAACUGACUGUUUCUGCUGGAAAUGUUUUCUCAGCACCUUUUAGCGUCACUACUAAAAUUUGGACUUUUUCCUCUAAAUUCCAAAAAGUAGACUCAUUUCAUCACCUUCUGAUUUGUUUCAAUCCUUAUUUGCACUUGUCCUUCUAAAACCUUCGCCCCGGUUUGACUUUCUUGUUUCUUUCCAGCGUCUCUCACCCUGCCUUGAGGAUGACUAUCCAGAACAACUGUGUGAUAUCUGCCAGAGACUGCUCUCAGGCUGGAAAUAAGAGAAACUCGCUGAGAUGGGACCUCACUCCGGCUGAGAUCAGGACAGCCGUUGACAGCUUGAUUAACAGAGUCAAGAAGGUCUAUGAUGACAUCGGAGCCCUGAAGAUAGAAAAUGUUACCGUUGAGAACACCCUGAAUGCAUUGGCCAAUGCCAAACUGGAGUAUGCAUGUAAGUCUGCAUCAGCUAAAUAGAAGAAACCUGUCAUCUUAGGGAAAUGCUCUCACCAUGCCAGGGACAGACAUGAACUUAAAGGAACCAGGAGGUCUAAAACCAGUCCACUGGCCUCGGGUUUAGUUAAUCUAAUCUACGACCCUCCAACAAGGACGCACAACAGCAGAGCCAGGCAGGGACACCCUGUGGUCUAGGAACAGGGUCAUCAAAUGGUCCUCUGCCAUAUCAAGUUGUAAACAAACAUCUAAGGAAGUCAGCUGAGUUAAAAGGGCAUUACAAAACUUCUCCCACUACGGGUUCAAGCACAGGACGAAUAAUUUUUAAUGCUUAAAAACCUUUUCCCGUUAAAGUGCAGUCAGAUCUAAAUGUAAAUGCCCCCUUGCUCACCCCUCCUUUUGGCCUUGUCUAUGGAGGCCCCUUUGAGGACAAAAAGCUUCAUAAUACCAAAUUUAUGUUAUCAUUAAUUUGUCAAGUUUUUACCAAAAUACACAUCUAUCAGAACAAGUCCUUUUUAAACAAGACAACUGUCUUUUUCUUAUUUGGUUUCUCGCCAUUACACUUCAAGCAGCCACUUACUGAAUAGAGAAUUGCUUAUAUGGCUUGUUUGCAUGUUUUCUGCCACUGUCUAAACAUGGUGUAUCAAGAUGGUGGCGUCCAUGAAAGGAACCUUGCUCCUAUGUAGAUAUAAAUGGCUCAGUAACAUAAACCAAACUACUUUUAUAUUGAUUUACAUCGAUUUUACACUUUUUUAAUAUGCUUAUGAUCACUCAAUUUCCACCACAGAUCUCCUGCUAAAUGCUACUAAAACCUACACACUGUGUCUUUAAGUUUAGACACCAAAACGACACUAAAAACUUCCUUACUCUUCACCACCAUCCCAUGGUUUGAGCACCAUCUAAAACACUGAAAGUGUUGAUGUAAAUCUCUAAAAAUAUGUAAUUUACAUGAAAACAGCAUUUCAGUCAUUUAAGGCUUGUUUCCACUGACUGCAACUUUUGCGCACUUUCAUAUUAAAAAAUGAGUUUAGCCUUCAACUUUUUGCUCAGGAAGUUAAUAUCCAAAGUUUGAACCCUUCUUCAUUUUGAUUGGGCGGGAAGAUAGAAGUGAUCAGCACACAAUGACCAAAAAAGACAGCUGGUACAGAGGGUGUUUUACACUGAGGAUGCAGAGUGUGAAAAUGCUGAUAAGAAGGGGUUUCAUUUAAAUAUUAGAAAAGGUUAAAAAAUGCUCUUAGAGGAGACAGGCCCUUAAAAAUAUGUAAUCCAUUCACUUAAAUUUGCCUUAAAUGUACAUCGUGAUUAGUUUCUAGUGGAAACAGGCCCUUAGAAACAUGAUAUUUAAUUCACUUUUAAAUUUGCUUUAAAUAUACAUUAUUAUAAGCAGUUUUGGGAGAUCACUUGCUCUUUUAGAAAUAAAAAUCUGUAGUUUAAGCUGAUUUCUGAACAUUAUAAGGUUCAGAGGUCAAAUCAACAAGUACAGAGUGGGAAUAUUGAAAGAUUUCGCUUUUGAUUGGGGUUUCUUGAGAGUGUUUUUAAACUUGAUGAUUUCCUCAACAUAUCUAACACUAUUCAUUCUGUUCCCUCAGCAUCACGCCACUUCCUCGAUUUCCCCCAGUUUGUUAAUCCGUCCAAAGAGGUCCGGACAGCGAGCACGGAAGCAGACAAGAAGCUGUCUCAGUUUGACGUGGAGAUCAGCAUGAGGGAAGAUGUGUUCAAGAGAAUUACCGCUCUGCAGGUACGCUCUGAUGCUCACACAUCCGUCACCUCAAUGAAGACGUGAAAGUUGAUCUAAAAACUGUCCUUGAUUGAACUCUAGUCCACUAAGUUUGUUAUGAGGUGUUAAAGACAUCUUUCCCAUUAACAGAGUGGAAGUGAGGCUAAUUAAAUAUAACUUGUAAGUAUGUGACACAUUAAUAACAUUAGCUGGAUUAUCUCUCAGAGGCAAAUGAGGGCCCGUGAUUGAUGUGCAUAACUGAAGGGUCUUAUGUUAAGAUCAAAGAUAUUUUACCCUCAUAUGACCCCUCUGCUGCUUCUUAUUUAGCUUUGGAGAGAAACCGAAUCUGAGCUAACUAAAGCCAGCCAAUGCCAGAUGUUAUUCCACCCUGAACUCACUCACUGACCCAUAUCAGUUGCCAGCUAGUAAAAAUAGGGAAACAACAUUAUGUAAUAGCCACACUUCUGCGUGUAUGAAAUUGUUUGUUUGUCUUUUGUGAUUAUUUUAUGACAGAAUAAGCUCCAAGAUGACCUUUUACCUGAAGAGAAGAGAUUCUUAAACAGGCUUGUUACUCUGGGGAAGCAGAAAGGAUUGCAUCUGUCUCAAGACAUCCAAGAGGUAAUGCAAAAUCUGAUCUACAAGCAAUGAAUCAAUCAUAAAACAACUGCAAACAGAUUACAAACACUGUCAUUCUACAAUCAGUGCUGCAGAAAUACCAGUAAUGUUGAUAAAAAGAGAAUUUAGUUGUUUGCAAGUCAUUUAAAGCCUGCAUUAUUUAGUCAAAAAGUGAGCAAAGAUAACACGCCAUUCUAGCCUGAUAUGGGUGUUCAGCUGAUUAGCAGUCUCUUUUGAUGCACUUUUAUUGCAUAAUGCACCAAAAUGUUCUCAUUAGUUUUUAAUUCAGGGUUGCAGCCAGACUAGUUUUGCACCAGGACUCCUCUACUGCAGAGCCGUGCUGUUGUAUCACAUGCAUUGUCUAGACUUGCAGCGUAUGUUACUGCAAAGCUUGUAAACAUUGUUUAGCAUUAAUGGUGCCAUCCCAGAUAUGCAAGCUAGACAUGCCACAAGCACUUGUGCAUCCACAUACCAUCACGGAUGCUGGCUUUGAACCGUGCACUAACUACAGGCCAGGUGGUCUCUCUUUGAUCGAUGUCUUUAUUAGGAAAUGAAAAUGACAGCUGUUAGGAGAAAGGAGCAGCAAUAUAUAGUAGGGGAGACAGGGGCUUGUUGUCACAUGGGUAAGUUGUCACAUUGCAAUCAUCUUUGCCACCAGAGGGCGCAACUAAAAAGUAGAAUACUAGUUUUCUUCUUUUACAUGGUCAGGGGUUGUGUCCUGUCUAAGAAGAGAAGAGCACAUUGUAAGCUUAGAUGAGCGCCAAUUAACCAUUUUGCACAACCCAAAGGGGAAAAAAAAAACUUAAUAUAUUUCAAAAUAAAGUUCUUCCAGAGGGGACAUGGUCAGGAAUUACAAAAGAAAAACUGAACAUGGCAGAGCAGUAACUGACGGGAUGUUGAGGGCAGUCAGACAGGUGACCCUAGCUGAUAAAUCAAUCUGGACUACAAUAAAGGACUUUAAUGUUAACUACCAUACCUUUGCACGGUACUGCAAAACAUUCACCCCAGCCGAAAUACAGUCAGUCAGCUGUCCAAACUCCAGAGCAUGUUGCAUAAUAUUUUAUGUUAACGUUCGUUUAAUGGCUAUGUUCAAUGACUUUUUCUAGCUCAAUGAUAAACAUUUUCUGUGCUUGACUUUGAUGUUCACUUUCAUGUAAAAAAAUGAGAACAAUCAUUUUGUCCUUGUGUUGUUAGCUGCAAAAUCCACUGUGACAUCUUACCCCGUGUAGUGAGACAACUUACCCGAUGGUGGGGCAACAUGUCACAUGUUCACACUCUCUAUUUGAUGGCUUAUAACUCUGCACUGACACAAGAUAUGAAAAUGACAUGAAUACCAAAUACCUGAGGCUUUGGUCUUUCAUCUGGUACACCUUUUGUUUAUAUAUAAUGUAUUGAUUUCAAGAAAUAUAUAAAAGUGUAAAAAGUGUGACAACAAGCCCCGGUCUCCCCAAUAUAACAUGUAUAAUUUCCCUCUUAAGUUAUAACCCUCCAUUCUCCCAAAGAACAGCCUCUGAAUUUAACCCAGGAGCAGAUUGUUCCUCACUUUACAACAUAAUUGUAAGAUUUUGAAAUCUACAAGAUCAAAAAAAGUAGAAGUUUUGGACUUCUUCUCUUUAGAGUAGAGACAAUUGUCCAUGAUUGUCCAUGUGCUCAGGUCCAGAGAAGUGGGCAUAAAACAUAAAAAAAUUCCUAAUAGGAGCUUUUAUGGAAAUAAUUUUGAGGUCUUAUUUGGGCUUUUAUUAUGUCAUAGCUAUAAAAAUCUGUUUGUUAUAACAUUUCUUAUUUAUGUCUUUGAUUUUUCUCUACUUAGGAGGUUAAAAGAACCUCCAAGCUUAUAACCGAACUUUCCAUUGAGUUCAACAAGAACCUGAAUGAAGACAACACAUACCUCGUCUUCUCUGAGCAGGAACUGGGUGAGCCUUUGAGCAUGAAACUCAGCCUGGUGUUACAAACAUGUUUGGACUUUUUAAUUAGCUUGUUGGCCUUUUCUGCUCAGGUGGUCUGGCUGACAGCUAUCUGAACGGCCUGGAAAAAACAGCAGAUGGGCGCUAUAUAGUGACACUGGAGUAUCCACAUUAUUUCCCACUCAUGAAGAGGUGUCACAAUCCCGAGACCAGGAGGAAGAUGGAAUCGGCUUUUCACAGCAGGUGCAAAGAGGUAAGUGAAGUCUGAUCAUAAAGCUGUAGGUCCUACACACACCUGACCACAAUAAAUCAUGUCACUGCAGCUCAUGCAUUUACACCUGAAGGGCAGUAAGACAGUUCUAUAGCAGUUCUUUUUUAACCUUCUCAUUGAAUCUUAACUUGAUUUUUGAGUUAUUUCAAGGGGCUUUCUCUGUCCUCUUUUUGUAGUUGUAAAAACCUCUCUUUGGAUUUUAUCCACCCCCGUAAAGAAUCAGGUUACCCACAAAUCCAUAAAGCGUAAAGCUGCACCUGCUUGUAUUAAAUUACUGCUACUGUAAACCAAACCAUUUUUCCUGCUACUGUAUUAAAGUUGUGAAACAUGCGGUAAAAAAAAAAAAGAACAAAAAAGAUAAGAUCAAUAAUUGUAGAAAUAUAAAGACAAAAAAGCAAAUAAAAGCUUUAAUAUUUCAAUUUAUACCCCCUUUUUUUAUUUCUGUGCAUACUUAUUUAGUCAUUGAAUAAAGAUUUGUCCAAAAGCCACUUAAUUGGCAGAUAGUCCCUUCAAACAAAUGUGAAAUCAACAGGUAAAAGAAUCAGAAAUACAAAGCAAUUGUAGGAAAAUAUAGUUGUUGAAAAAUAAUACAAAUGAUACAAAUCAUAUUUAAUGAUUUACACCGGGUUUGUUCAGUCAUAAAAACCUGGAAAACAGGGAAUUUGUAAAAUAAAAUCAAGACCACAAGUGACAAGAUUGGUAACUUUUAUGUUAUUAUUUUUAAUGCUUUAAGCCAGCGUGAGGGGGUAGGUGUCAGUCGAGCAGCUGAAGAAACAGCUCUGUUUUUACAAUUUGUAUGUAAAAUAUUCACAAUGGAGUCAGCAGGAGGAGAUUUUCUUGUCUGAAGACACUUUGCAAGCAUGUAGAGAAGAAGAUAAGCAAAUACUGCUCUGUCCACAGGGGGCACCAAAAUUGACAUAAACCAAAAGUUCCCCACAGGAGCUUUAAAUAAAGGUUUUUACCAAACCCACUGUCUGUAUUUGGAAUAAUCUAAGUGAAAAAUGAAUACUUGGACGUGAACACUACGAUGGAAAUCAUAUUUGAGAAAAACUCACGAUGUCUAGUUUAAUUUAACAAUUUAACCCAUGCUUCUUCUGUUAAUAUGGAGGAGGUGGGAUUUAUGACCUGUACUACAGCAAGUCAGUAGGGGGAGCUCUAAAUCUUUAGGCUUCACAGUCAGUGAACACUUGUGGUGUACAUUUCAAUAAACAGUUAUGUAAGUUUGCCUGAAAGACACGAAAAAGUCAAAAAUAUGUAAAAUCCCAUUCAUGUUAAUUCUGUCUGAUUCGUCUAAAUUUGUCAAUAUCUAAAUAUUUUUCUUUACACGCAACUUAUAUUACUUUUUUUCAUACGCAUGAGCUGUUUUCCUACAUUUUGUACUCAUACAUCUAAACAAUAAGAAGAAGAAUUUUAGUUAUUCUGUGAAGUGUUUUGUCUACUUCUCUUGCCCAGGUAAACACGGCGAUCCUGGAACAGCUGAUACAACUGAGAGCGAAGGUGGCAGACUUACUGGGUUACAGCAAUCAUGCAAACUACGUGCUAGAGAUCAACAUGGCCAAGAAUGCCAGCAAUGUGUCUGACUUUUUAGGUAUGACCCCUCCGUGACAUUUCACCUCACAUGCACAUGCGAAAAACACACUGUGACAUAUAUCACGCCAUCUGAUUAUGGCUCGGCAUUAUUUAAAUUUAUGGGUUCACAUGACAGGUAGAUGUGGAAGAAGAUACGGAAUCAGAGGAGAGGGAGAAAGGUGACACCACACGCCUGCGGUGUAUGUUGCGCCACAUGCCACAUGUAUGUUGAGUAACGAACGGUAAUUUAUAGCUCAUGGAGACAUGUGGUCGCACAUCACGGAGUGGAGGGGGCUUGAUUGAAGUCUCCCUGUCUUAUCACCUCAGAUAACCAACCUAAUGUAAACUUUUUCUUCUUAUUUUAAUUAUUGACCUAAAAACUCCUUAAAGUACUUUUCCAUCCAUGAUAUCCAAAAUGAAUGUCAACAUUUUAAACUUUAUACGCUCACACUGUCUCUCACAGGACGGUGAAUCUCCUCCUGUCUUUACAUCUGAGAAACUUAACCUCUCUGUAAUGUCAUUUUGAUCCCCAGUCAUGCUUCAACCUGCUAUAUGUAACUUUUUAGUGUUUGGUUGUCCUUGUCUGAACUUUAAAAAAAAGUUGUUGCAGGCACCAAAUUUAAAAUCAGCAAAACAAUUUCAAAAAUUUCAGUUUCUACAUUAGAUAUUUAGUCUUUGCACUAUUUUUAAUUAGAAAUAGAGAUUAAAUAGUUUUCAAAUCACACUCCCACCAGGAUUUGGAUUCAGGGUUGUGCAACCAAAACAAAACAUCUACCGUCCUGAAUGAAGCAUGAGUGAAGAAAAAAGUGCAGGACCCAGAACUCAACCCUGAGGAACCUCAUGUAAUAUAAAGGCAGUUGAGGACACAUGGUUUCCCAUAGAUUCAAAAUACUUUCUUGGUUUUAACCAUUGUAAAGCUUUCCCAGUGACACCAGUGUGAAACUACAUUAGUGCUCUAGAGAUAACAAAGAUAGAGUUUGUUCACUUAAAAUAAAAUGACUGCUCUUUUCCUCCUAAUUUUGCAGAUACGUUCUAUGAAAAACUGAAGCCGAUUGGAAUCAAAGAGAGGAAAUACAUCCUGGCUUUGAAGAAGAGGGAAUGUCUGAUGAAGGGCCUCCACUUUGAUGGACAGAUCAACGCUUGGGACUUACCGUACUACAUGAACCAGGUGGAGCAGUGCAAGUUUGCGGUGAACAAGGACAAACUCAUUGAAUAUUUCCCGCUGGAUGUGGUGACAGAGGGACUGUUUGGAAUCUACCAGGAGCUGCUGGGUCUCACUUUCACCGAGGUGGAGCUUGCUCAAGUGUGGCAUGAAAAUGUGAAGCUUUACUCAGCCCGGGACGCUGAAACUGGAGAGGAGGUCGGACAGUUCUACAUGGACCUGCAUCCAAGGUGAGACAUUUGUUACUUCAAUUACAGAGAAGUGAUUUAUUUUUAUUCUGCAGCCAAAAAAUGACUUUAAACAAAGAUAGAAUAAAGUCUGAAUGAGUUUUUUUGUUUGUUUAUGUGAAUUAUUUCAGUCAAGAUAGUGUGGAAAAAUGCUAUUUGCAAUUUCUCAGCCUUUUGGAGUGCCUUAAAAUGUCUUAUUUUAUUUAAACAACAGUUAGAAAGGAUUUAAGUUUAAUUCACAUUGGAUAUAGAAAAGAAGUAAACCAUUUCAACUGAAACCAAGAAACAUUAUAAAUAUAUUAGAUAAGUUACAAUAAGAAACGACUUGUGACAUACAUCACCUAGUGAUGCAACCUGGACACAUCAUCAGUGAUGUUACCUGGGAUCAUCGAGUGUUUCGGGUCUUUCAAGCAUCAUACACUCUCCUCCAGGCGACCCAGCCGGGGGUGAUCAAUCCCCAGCUUGUGUCCAGUUAAUGCUACCCUACCCACGGGUCUCCUCUCCUGAUCCACAGCCACCGUGAGGCAACCUCUGCUGCCUCCGUGGCCUCCUUGAUGGCCCUUUGCUUUCUAGGUCCUGUGAUGCCCAGCAUGCUAUAGACUCUGCAGAGGGACUGGCCUGCGAACCCUCUGCAUCCCACCUCGAUGGGCUCACAUCUUGCCCGCCACCCAUUGAGCCUACAUUCCUCCACCAGACCCUGGUAUUUGGCCCUCUUCCUCUCGUUGGCCUCCUCGAUUCGGUCUUCCCAUGGUACUGUGAGCUCCAGCAGCACGACCUGCUUGGAGGAUGUUGAGAUCAGUACCACGUCUGGCCUCAGCGAUGUUGUGGCCACAUUCUUUGGGAAUACCAGUUGUUCCCCGAGGUCAACUUUCAGCUCCCAGUCUUGAGCCGUUGCUAGCAGGCCAGAGGAGGUGGUCCUGACAGCAGCUGGUGGUUUCUCCCUAGCUCUGAUGAAGGAGAUGGACUUCCUUGUUGGGCGCAGGUGCUUGCAGUGGGCAAUUCCAUUGCAGAUGGUGUUUGCUAUGGCCUUCAAAACCUGGUCGUGGCGUCAGCGGUAGCGCCCCUCACUCAGGCCUUUUGGACAGCAGCUCAGGAUGUGCUCCAGGGUCCCUCUCUUCUGACACAGUGCACAGGCAGGCGACUCAACCUUUCCCCAGCAGAAUAAAUUAGACGGGCUCGGCAGUACGUCGUAGACGGCCUGGAUGAGGAAUUUAAUGCGCUGGGGCUCAGCUUUCCAAAGCUCAGUCCAAGUGACUUUGCGCUCUGCCGCCUGCUCCCAACGCAUCCAGGCUCCCUGCUGCCGCAUUCCAACCAUCCUGCUGGUUCUCUCUUCCCCCACUGCUGCUCGCACCUCUCCUUGGAGCAGUGCCCUCCUGUCCUUCCCCUUAGCCUUGUCGCAGCGAGGUGUUGCGCCGCUACCUAGGCCUGCUCUCCCCUGGGCCGCCGUCCCCACCAACACCCUGUGCCGCAGCCGUGACUCUGCAGCAUCCACGGCCUCUGCUGCCCUCCACUUCCGCCCCGUCCUGACUUCGAUCCCGGCUUGAGAGACUUUUGGGUCGCUUGACUCUCUGUACUGCAGCACCUCUCUAGUACGGCUCACCUUGAACUCUUCAUUCAGGCUGCUGAUCGGUAGCUUCAGCAUGUUGUUUUUCCCGUAUAGUGCGAUGCUGCUGAGGCUUCGAGGCAGUCCCAGCCACUUCCUUAGGAACUUGCUGACUCUCCUCUCGAAGCUCUCAAUUGUAGAGAUUGGGAUCUCAUACACCAGGAGGGGCCAGAGAAUCCUUGGGAGGAUGCCAUGUUGGUACACCCAGGCCUUGAAUUUGCCCGGUAAGCCAGAUUUGUCCACUGUGACUAGCCAUGCCUCCAGCUCUUGGUUGGUUGAGUGGAUGGCUGCUGUGUCUUUUAGGCUACAGCUGAACAUUUUCCCCAGGCUCUUCACCGGCUUUUCAGUGAUGGAUGGUAUUUGGGUGCUGUCGAGUGUGAAGUGAAACUUGUUGGUGACCUUUCCUUUCUUCAGCACGAGAGCUCUGGAUUUUGCGGGCUUGAAGGUCAUACGGGCCCAGGUGGUUAGCUCCUCCAGGCCUUUCAAAAUCCACCUGCCCCCUGGGACGUUUGGUGUUGUCACAGUCAGGUCGUCCAUGAAGGCCCUGAUGGGUGGCUGCCUGACACCGGACUUGGUUUGGGGCCCUCUGCACUGGACCUCUGCAGACUUCACUAGCAUAUUCAUGGCUAGAGUGAAGAGGAUCACAGAAAUAGUACAUCCUGUUAUGAUCCCUUUCUCCAGCUUAUGCCAGUCCGAUGUUGUGGACCCUGCUGAGACUCUCAGACUGAACCUGCUGUAAUAGUCCAAUAUGAGGUCUCUGAACUUGGCUGGGACAUGGUGCCGGUGUAGAGCUUCUUUGACCAGCUUGUGGGGUAUGGACCCAUAUGCAUUUGUAAGGUCCAGCUCAUGAUAUAAUGAUACAAUACAAUAAUGAUAUGAUAUCGGUACAGUAGCAAGAAACAAUUUAUAACCUUAGGAAAAUGUACUUAAGUCUUACGUAGGUUCAACCACAACUCAUGCAACUGCAACUCACCAGUUACCAAAAUAAAUUAAACUGUUUUUUUUUUUUUUUUUUUUAAAUGACUAUGACCUUCGGUCGAGUGGUUUAAUUGGCCUCAUAUACAGUGUUUGGAGUCCCAUUAUAGUGAUCGAUGAUCCCACUACCAGUCAAGAUCCUUUGCUGCAUCUCUUCCCCACUCUCUGUUUACCCACAUUUCCUGUCCCUUUUUAGCUUUUCCAUCAAAAACAGCAAAAAUGAAUCUAAAAAAAAAGCAAACAGAGAACAUAAACCAAGAGGAACCCAGAAAAACUCAUAUCUGUCAAAAUAAAUUAAGAUUUUUGCAAAUACUCAAACUACAUUGAUAAAUUCAGGAUUUAUUGUGCAGACCUGUCUCAAACCUUGAGUCUGAACUUAGGAACAGCAGGUUGGAUGAAGAAGUUGGAUAAGACCACGAAAAAGCAAACAUGCUCCAGUCUUGUUAUCUAUUUGACUCUUAAUUUGGUUAUGAAUGUGUGUCAGGUCUAUUUAUAGUCUCUUCACUUACUAACAGUCUGAAGUUUAUGAUCUGUCUCUAAACUUUUAUAACCUGUUCUUUCUGUUUUAUCACUAUUGUUGCUAUAAAACUGAAUUUCCCCUCUAAUAAAGGUUAUUAGCUUUAUUGCUUUAUUAUAUUGUAAAAAAGGUGCAACUUGAUUUUCUGUCAGUCAAGUUUCUGCUUAAUUAACUUUAUUGGGUCAUUUAUUUGCUCCAACAAGCUUAUCCUUCUUUACAGAUAACGAAAAACAAGCGAAUUAUUAACUAUAAGAAGGACCACAGCCCCCGAUCCUUUGUGGUUUUAUUUGUGUCACACGUCUGACCUUAUUUUCCACCAGGGUCGGAAAGUUUGGCCAUGCAGCGUGUUUCGGGCUGCAGCCAGGCUGCAGAGGACCUGAUGGAAAACGCCGACUUCCAGUGGCAGCUAUGGUGGCUAAUUUUACCAAGCCUAGGAAAGGCUGGCCGUCUCUGCUGCAGCACCACGAAGUGGAGACUUUCUUCCAUGAGUUUGGUCACGUGAUGCACGAGCUCUGCUCCAAGGUAAACCACUGUGAUCAGCAGUUUCAUUACAUUUGGAUUCUGUUGAUUCUAUUUUAAGCUUGAACCUCUGAUGUGUUUGUUUCCAGACCACUUUCUCAGAAUUUAGCGGGACCCUGGUGGAGACAGACUUUGUGGAGGUGCCUUCACAGAUGCUGGAGAACUGGGUUUGGGAGAAGGAGCCGCUGAGAAGGAUGUCCGGGCAUUACAAAGACGGCACACAGAUUCCUGACAAUCUGCUGGACAAGCUGAUCGCAUCCAGAGUGGCUAACACCGGUCAGAAACUUAAAUUUUCUUAAAUUCAGCAUUUAUCCAGAGAAGUCAAGACUCUCUGUGAAUGAGCUGAUGGUGUGUUUAUCAUCCUCAGGAAUGAUGAACCUACGUCAGGUUGUCCUCAGUAAGGUGGACCAGACACUGCACACCAGCUCUCACGCAGACACGGCUGAAGUGUUCGCAAAGCACUGCAAAGAUAUCCUGGGUGUUCCUGCUACACCAGGUAUGGAGUUAAAAUAAGGACGGUGGUGUUUCUGGUAUAUAAACAUGCACAACCAGUUUUUUAGGGUUGCUUAGACACAAUAUGGGAAGCAUAAUGGAAUACUUAGUCAAUCCUUCUGGACAUGCAGAUAACUCAUGAAAACUUUGCGCUCAAAAUCACAUAAUUCAGACAGGAAUUCAUGGCUCAUAUUUAAGGUUAUAUUAAAUCACUUUUUAUGCACACAUGCCUCUAAUGAAUGUUUUAAUUUGUCCUCUGCAGGUACAAACAUGACGGCCAGUUUCAGCCACUUGGCCGGAGGAUAUGACGGUCAGUACUACAGCUAUCUGUGGAGUGAAGUCUACUCUAUGGACAUGUACUUUAGUCGUUUUAAAAAAGAGGGCAUCAUGAAUCCCAAGGUGAGUGUAAAUUUACUGUAAACAUAUCAUAUAUCGUUUCUAUUUAUCUGGUGAAAUGUCUCAAAAGUUAAAUGUCUGCUUUUUGUAACAGGUUGGAAAAGAGUACAGGAGGGUGAUUCUAGAAGCAGGCGGCUCUGUGGACGGGAUGGACAUGCUGAAAACCUUCCUGGGUCGAACUCCAUGUCAGGACGCCUUCUUUCAAUGCAAAGGACUUAUGAAGUCUCAGGAAACAAAAACUGACAUAUAAUAAAGACUUUAUGUUUUUUUCCUGAUGUCAUAUGUUGAUGCUCUAAUUUUCUUCAUGUGAUUUUGUGUUCCUGGUGAUGAAUUUUACCUGUUUGUUUUGUUAAAUAGUACGUUAAAUCUUGGAUACUCCUUGUAAUAAAAUGUACAGUGGGUCUUUUAAGUAUUAAACAUUUUGAUUUUUUACAGUGUGGACAACACAUGUAUGAAUAAUAAUGUAAAUGUGUAUUAUUCAUGUGUAAAAUAUGAAAAUAUAAAUGAUAAUAAGGGUCUUGAAGUGUGAGAACAGUUGUAAGUAACGUGUUUGUUUUCAUGUAUUUGUUAAGGAUAUUGGCAAGCUGUAAUUGUGUGAUUUUUAGGGUAGAAAUUACACAAGUUUCCCCUUUUUAUGACAAAAGAUUUAAAUUAGAUGCAUAUAUAUAUAUAUAUAUGGCAGUAAAGUGACUUGACAGUCAAAGGGACUGAAACAAUUGUGUAAUAUGUGGCGUUUACUGCACCUGUCAGAGCAGGAUGUCUUACAAAACCUCGCCAUAUGCUCCUCUGAUAUAUCCGUAUAAAUUCCCUGCUUAACAGGCAUUAGGCUAUUAUUAAGAUGAAAUAUCUUCAUACCUCUCCUCUCAAGAAUGGGAUUAGAAAAAUGUCCUAAUUACCAUAUUGUUGGAGGAAGGGUUUGCAUAUGUUUUAGACUUGCAAGUAAUGAAAGUAUGUGUACACUAGGGGGCACCACUGGAUCACAAGUACUUGUGUAUGUAAAGACUAGGAUGCAGAAAAGCAGUUUUCAUAAAUGAGACUGUUUCCUUUUGUUUUAAUAAAAUUAAAGACUGUACAUUUAA